AGCGCCACUGCCGCAAAGAGCCGAAGAAGAAACUACCCGGAAGUUUACAUCAAAGCUAACCGUGUGUUAGCAUCGUUAGCAUUUAGCAACUUAAUUCACUACUUUUCUGUCUCCACGGUUUGGAUUCUCUAAAAAACAACAACUAUGUCUGAAAGAAAAGUCUUAAAUAAAUACUACCCUCCAGACUUUGAUCCCGCAAAAAUCCCCAAACUCAAACUCCCCAAAGACAGACAGUAUGUGGUGCGACUGAUGGCCCCGUUCAACAUGAGGUGUAAAACAUGUGGUGAAUAUAUUUACAAAGGGAAGAAGUUCAAUGCUCGAAAAGAGACAGUUCAAAAUGAGCUGUACAUGGGACUGCCUAUUUUCCGCUUCUACAUCAAAUGCACGCGCUGCCUCGCUGAGAUCACAUUCAAGACUGACCCAGAAAACACAGACUAUGCCAUGGAGCACGGAGCCACGAGAAACUUUCAGGCAGAAAAACUUAUUGAGGAAGAAGAGAAGAGGAUCCAACAGGAAAGAGAGGAUGAAGAGCUCAAUAACCCGAUGAAGGUGUUAGAGAACCGCACUAAGGACUCUAAAAUGGAGAUGGAGGUCUUGGAGAACCUUCAGGAGCUAAAGGAGUUGAACCAGAGACAGGCUUUGGUGGACUUCGAGGGAAUGAUCGACCAAUACAGAGAACUGGAGAGGAGAGAGAAGGAGAGGGAGCAAGAGGAGGACGAGCGGGAGACCAAGGAGAUGUUGGAUCGUGUUCUUGUGAAAAGACUGAGAGAUUCUGACUCUGAUUCAGACGAGGAAAAGGAGAAAAAAAACAGAAAGACCGACAACACUGACGUCAAAGCGACAGACAUCCUGACCACGGACAAGCCCACGGAUUCACAGGGAGGCACCUCUGGAGGGGUGAAGAAAGUGGAGAGUUGGGAGAGGAGUGUGGGGACGUUGAGCGGGAAAAGCUCUUUGGGGUCUUUGGUUGUACGAAAAAAACCUGUGGCAGCUGUGAACAAACCCAAAGAAUCAACGGCGAGCGCUGCCACCUCACAAAGCGAUUCAAAAGUAGCAGUGGAUUCUUCUCCUGCGCUGAAGCUCACAUCAACACAAAAUGGGUCAUCGUCGCUGAGCCUGCUGGGGGCGUACUCCGACAGUGACAGUAACGACAGUGAAUAAGGACGAUGUGUUCUGUGCUGAGAACAACAAAAGAAUCAACAAAACAAUACAAGAAAAGAAAAUAGAGUAACAUAUCGUUUUGUAUUACUGCUAUCUCAUAAAUGUGUAUUUGUAUUGAAUAAACUGAUAUUGAAUUUUAAAAAACUGAGGAAAAUCUUAAAGGAGCAGUAUGUAGCUUUUCUUGCGGGUUCUGCUACCUGCUUGUUUCCAUGGAGAUGUUACUGCUUUGCAGUUUCUCCUCAAUAAUAUGUGUUUUUAUUGCAAGAAAAUACCUUAAAAACAUGUAUUCUAACUGUGGGCAGGAUCAGCUCUCCACAGAUCUGACCUGUAACUGAUGGUGUUACCUGCUUGUAUCUAUGGAGAAAGACGAGUUUAAUGCGCUACUGUGGAACAUUCAGUGCAAACCUCUUGAUGGAAACAAGCAGGUGACAAACCCUCCAACAUAAAAGUUACAUAGUGCACCUUUAAAAUGUGUGAUAAUUUCUGUAUUUUUCUGUUGUGAAAUUGUGUUUAUCUGUCACUCCUCUCCCAGUGUCUGAAUAAAUAUAUGUCUAAUUUG